AUGUCAUUAAGCUUGAUGAUUUUACUUUUUUCGACCUUAGAAGUGCAAACAUGUAUGUACUCAUGUUCAAAAUAUCAGUACAAAAACUUCGAAGACCGCCGAAAAUUUAUAUCGCAUUUGUCAAAUUCAUUAACAAUUAGUGACCUGGCACUUAUUGGCACGUGUUACUCAGCAUCGUAUAAUACGUAUAUGCCACGUUUUAAAAUACAAGACUUGAACAUAAAGGAACAACUGAAUCAUGGAAUACGCGUUUUAGAUAUUGGUGUUCGGCCAACGUCAAAUCAUUUUGCAGUGCAUAAUGAAGAGAAGUAUUUGAAUCUAAUGUUUGGAAACGGUAUCUUAAAAGAGGUUGAUGACUUUUUAGAAGCUAAUCCAAGAGAACUUGUAAUUAUGUUUUUACACAACGAGUAUUACGCAGCUAACGAUGUAACACUAUGUAAUUGCGGAAUAUUGGAGUUUUACCGCAAUCUUAAAAUCGGAUUGAGAAUUUCAACCAAUUGGUCGCUAAAUGACACCAUUGGAGAACAUCGUGGAAAAAUUCUACUCACUAGUUUAGAUCAAUCAUUUUCAAGCUGCAUUACAAACAUCAAUACGUAUUGUAAAGUGCAGUACUCACUAAUACCUGGUGGAAGCGAAUCAGACAUUCAUGAUAAGUGGAUCAGUAUUAAAAAUUUACAAGAAGAAAGCUUUUUGAAUGAUAGUGGUAAAUGUUUUGUCGAAUUUAUGUCGGCUCCAAAAGCUACUGAAGCUAAAAAGAUUGCAAUUGAAGGCUAUUACUCAGAUGUAUAUGGCUGUGAAACGCCGAUCAACUAUCGCAUGACAAUUAAUUUUGAUAAUCCGCAUCGAUCACUGAUUAUUGUUAUGGCUGAAUUUGUUAAUCAAGAACUAAUCGAUCAUAUCAUUGGCAGCAACUUUGAAAAUGAUUUUAUUUCUUCAAAGGAGACCGGUUCCAAGUUUCCAUUGCCUGAUGAUAUUUUUUAUUACUUGGAAUUUAAAUUAGCAGCAGCUUGA